AUGCCACCAAAAAAAAAAAGAAAAGUUGGAGGUGAAGAAGAUUUAGCACCCAUUCUUCCUAAUGGAACUAAUUUUACUAACUCAAUUAUUCGUGAUGUGUUAACGAUUACAAAAUACAUUGGAAAUGGUGGUUUUGGAAGAAUAUAUGAAGGUAAGCUUAUUAAUAAAGGAACAAAAAUUUGCAUAAAAAUGGAGAAAAAAGAUAGUUCUGGUUUGUUUGUUGAAAAGGGGCAUUUUGAAAGAUUUUUAAAAAAAGAUUUGUUGGAAAAUUUUUUUAAAAAAGAAUUUAUUAGUUUACCUUAUUUGGUAUGUUUUGGAAUAUACACAAUAAAUUUAGAAGAUAAAUUAAGAUAUCUUGCUAUGCCAUUGUAUGAGGAAGGUCUAAAUGAUUUUAUAAAAGACAAAGUAGAUUCAAAAUUAAGUCAAGAAGAGGCAAAAAAAGUAUCUAUUUGCGCUUUAAAAGCUCUUGAAUAUCUUCAUAACGCUAAGAUUUCACAUCGAGAUAUAAAGAAGGAUAAUUUGAUGCUAUUAAAAAAAGGCAAUUUGGAUAAGGUUGUUCUCAUUGAUUUAGGGAUAUCCCAAUGGCAUACAAGAUUUAAUGAAACUAUAAAUCCUAAUGCAAAACACAGCGGAACAUUAUUAUAUACAAGUACUGAUGCUCAUCUUGGAAGAGAAGGUGUAUUUCGCUCAGAUUUAGAAAUUUUUGGGUAUAAUUUAAUAGAAUGGUUAAACGGUUCUUUACCAUGGAAAGGGUUAGAAUCAAAACCUGAAGAAAUUUAUCAAAUGAAGAAAAAAAUUGUAAAUGAUCCAAAAACAGAAAUUAAAUCAUUACUGCCAUCAAUAGAUACAUCUUUUAUUCAGGAACUUUUUCUUAUAUCUAGUUCACUUAAAUAUUCUGAAGUUCCGCCAUAUGACACAUUAAAAAAUUUUUUAAAAGGAUGGGUUACUACCAAAAAUAAUCAUAUAAAAACAGUUCCAUCAAAAAAGAAGUCGGUAAAACCUUCAAGUUUAUGUAAAAACAUUAGAAGAAGUGUAAGGAAUUGCGGAAAAAACAUUAAUUACGUUGAAUGA